UUCCUUCAAUCCAUCAUCAUGAAUGCGGUGGCAGACACAGCCGUGUUUUUUGGAAAAUUUCUAUAUUACUUCUUAGAAUCUGUAGUUUUCAAGAUAAUUCCUAAAAGGAAAAAGAAUGUUGCUGGAGAGAUCGUACUUAUAACGGGAGCCGGAAGUGGACUUGGAAGGCUACUGGCCAUGCAUUUCGCCAGCCAUGGGGCCAUUUUAGUUCUCUGGGACAUUAAUCAAGAAGGCAACAUGGAAACAUGUAGACUGGUCAAAGAGAAAGGUGAUGUGAAAGUCUUUGCCUAUAAGUGUGACUGCAGCAACAGGAAAGAGGUCUACAGGGUCGCCAAUCAGGUUAAAGAAGAAGUUGGUGAUGUCACCAUUCUCAUUAAUAAUGCAGGUGUUGUAACAGGGAAGCUCUUCCUUGAUAUUCCAGAUCACAUGGUAGAAAGAUCAUUUCUUGUCAAUGCCCUCUCUCAUUUCUGGACAUGUAAGGCCUUCCUUCCUGCCAUGAUUAAAGCUGACCAUGGUCACCUGGUCUGUAUUUCAAGCAUUGCAGGACUAGUGGGUACUAAUAGACUAUCAGAUUACUCUUCAAGCAAAUUUGCAGCCUUUGGCUUGGCUGAGUCCCUCUUCCUUGAAUUAGCUAUGCUAAGAAAAUCUAAAGUUAAAAGCACCAUCGUUUGCCCAUAUUUCAUCAAAACUGGAAUGUUUGAAGGCUGUGCAACCAAGUAUCCCCUUCUGCUACCUCUACUGGAUCAGGAGUAUGUGGCUCAGAAAGUCUUCAGUGCUAUCUUAGAGGAACAAGUUUACCUCUUCAUACCCAAGUUUUCAUAUUUUGCAUUAUUUCUCAAACAAAUAAUAUCUGCAAAAAUGAUGAUUGCGCUUAGUGAGUACCUUGGCAUGGACACCUGUAUGACGUCAUUCAAAGGAAGAAUAAAAGCAGAAGAAGAACAGGCUGAAACAGAAAGGAAACAGCAAUAACCUGAGUCUCAAAUAUGAUAAUCACAUACACAGAUGAGACAGUACACUGUUUGGAAUCGCCCUAGCAGUUGCAUUAUGCCAGCCAACUUAGAAUCUUUUGAAAAAUUGCAGCUUCUCUUCCCAGGAGAGAGUUUACACUGGGCUUUUCCUUUUCUUCACUCUCCUCCGAUUUUUUUUCCCUUGAACAGGUUCUCAAUAUAGUGUCUAGGCUGGCAUCUCAUAAUGAUCCAUGCUUUAGUUCUGAGGGUUGGAUUUGUAGACACACAUCACCACACUUAAAUAUUUUUAACACUUAUAUUAUCUAUCCAGAUUCCCAAGUAAUUCUUCAGUUUUGGAAAUAAAAAUGUCACAGUCUUCUCAGUGAACUCUGAGCAUGCAGAUUAUGUUUAUAUAAAAUGUUAAUGCAAAUUGACCCUAAUCUUAUUUGAAAAGCAAAUAUAAGACACUUCCAGGAAAGAGGUAAUUAUUAGUAAUGAGGUUAUAAAUUAGUGUUGUAAACAGAUAAUUUUCAAUGUCCUAUUUAA